GAAUUCUACCCACGACUCGCGACUCGGCUACAUCUGGCAGAGCCACUGAGCGUUCAUUCUCUUUGGAUUGUGCCCUCCGUACGGUUCGGAAGCUCCGCUGCCUUUGUGCGCUCGUUUUGAUCAAACUCGCCUGCUUUCAGUGGUGGUGUGUGUGCAGAAGAAAAAAAGAAUCCCCGCAGAAAAAUGUCUGGAAAGAAGGCUGAUCCUCUAGGCUUCGCCAAGGAUUUCCUGGCCGGAGGUAUCUCCGCUGCCGUGUCCAAGACUGCCGUCGCCCCGAUCGAGCGCGUCAAGCUGCUGCUCCAGGUGCAGGCUGCCUCCAAGCAGAUUGCCGUCGACCAGCAGUACAAAGGUAUCAUCGAUUGCUUUGUUCGCAUCCCCAAAGAACAGGGCUUCGGAGCUUUCUGGAGAGGUAACCUUGCCAACGUGAUCCGGUACUUCCCAACCCAGGCGCUGAACUUCGCCUUCAAGGAUGUGUACAAACAGGUCUUCUUGGGUGGCGUCGACAAGAACACACAGUUCUGGCGCUACUUCUUGGGUAACCUCGGAUCCGGUGGUGCCGCUGGUGCCACCUCGCUGUGCUUCGUCUACCCACUUGACUUCGCCCGUACCCGAUUGGGCGCUGAUGUCGGCCGUGCCGGAGCCGAGCGUGAGUACAACGGUCUGAUCGAUUGUCUGAAGAAGACCGUCAAGUCCGACGGUGUGGUCGGUCUGUACCGUGGCUUCAACGUGUCGGUCCAGGGUAUUAUCAUCUAUCGUGCUGCCUACUUCGGUUGCUUCGAUACUGCCAAGGGAAUGUUGCCAGACCCGAAGAACACCUCGAUCUUCGUCUCGUGGGCCAUCGCUCAGGUUGUAACCACGGCCUCCGGUGUCAUCUCCUAUCCAUUCGAUACCGUCAGAAGACGUAUGAUGAUGCAGUCCGGUCGUGCCAAGGCCGAUAUCAUGUACAAGAACACCCUCGACUGCUGGGUCAAGAUCUCCAAGCAGGAAGGAUCGUCGGCCUUCUUCAAGGGCGCUUUCUCCAACGUCCUGCGUGGUACUGGUGGUGCUCUUGUGCUCGUAUUCUACGAUGAGCUGAAGGCUCUGAUGGGUUAGAUUUAAGCUUAGCGAAAACAUUAAAACAACAAAAAGUUAUUAAAACCAGCUAAAGUAAACUAAACCGAUUGAGGUGAACAAAAAAAUCCGUAAAACCGCGUGAUCUGUUUAUUUAACGUUAGAAAGAAACUCACAGGCAAAGCCAGUCAAGCCGCGUUAUUUGUAGGAACUAGAAUGACUAAAUUACUCAAAACUGAAAUGCUAUUCUUACCAGACAGGACAACUCAGUUGUAAAUAGGCCGUACGAAAAUAAAAAAAAAAAGUGUUUCUUACGAGUGAAACGAUACAACCGAUCCUUUUUGAACACUUGAAAUGAAAGAGAAGUACACAUUCCGCUAUUCAACGACAUGUAAUGUUGCCUAGAGCUCAGAAUUUGUUGUGCGAAGUCAUUUCAGGGUAGAACAAUUUGCGAUUUUAAGAAAAGAAAGGACUUUUACGAAGACCGGCAAACAACUUGUGUAACUUUCGAUCAAGCAGGGCUUGACUUAACCGAACGGCGGACUACCAAGCUUCAAUCUUAUAGAUCCUGAGCAACGUUGGUUUGCUGACGAGAAUCGAUUUGCGAAUUAUAGUUGAAACCCGAGUAAAUAAUACAUAACUGUCAAUUGUUA